ACGGGGAGGAGCGACGGCAUCACGGGCAUGACAGAGAGGGAGAGGAGGACUGAGAGAGGGAGACUGUCCUCCUGUGCCGACACCUCAUCUAUUCUGCGUGAUUUAACCGUGGACUCUUUAGGAUAUUUCGUUUGUCUCUCUAACAACUCAUUGCGAAGAGGACUCGUCCCACGGUUAGCUCGUUAGUUACUUACACCGGCUACAUGGCCAGCUAGCACAAUAAAGCUAACUACCGUCAGCUCCUGCUUUCAGUUCAGCGUCACCCGGCGAAGUGAAGAGCCGAGGAGGGGAAUGGCAAGAGUUUACACGGACAACCCUUUCAGAAGAUACAACGACUAACCAGACUAAACCAACCCAGAUUUAUUUCUUUUACUGAUUCACCGGUUGUUGGUGUUACUGUAAUCCCCAUCAUGGUGCAGAAGUAUCAGUCGCCUGUGCGGGUGUACAAGCAUCCCUUCGAGCUGGUGAUGGCGGCCUAUGAGCGCCGGUUCCCCACCUGUCACCUUAUCCCCAUGUUUGUGGCGAGUGACGUAGUGGAUGAGGAGACCAGCGAGGAUGGUUCCACCCAAAGGGUUGAGCGCCGCUGUGCCCUGGAUGUUGACGCCCCGCGCCUGCUCAAACGGAUUGCAGGUGUGGACUAUGUCUACUUCAUCCAGAAAAACACACUGAACCGAAAGGAGAGGACACUUCACAUCGAGUCCCAUAAUGAGACCUUCUCCAACAGGGUCAUCAUCCAUGAGACCUGCUGCUAUUCGGUUCACCCGGAAAAUGAGGACUGGACGUGUUUUGAGCAGACCGCCAGCCUGGACAUCAAAUCUUUCUUUGGCUUUGAGAGCACUGUGGAAAAGAUUGCUAUGAAACAGUAUGCCAGCAGUAUCAAAAAGGGAAAAGAAAUCAUUGAGUUCUACCUGAAGGAGCUAGAAGAUGAAGGGAUGACUCAUGUGCCGCGCUGGACUCCGUCCUCCGUUCCCCUGCCUCUUCCCAGGCCAACCAGCCUCUCCACCAGCCCACCAGUUGUCCCCAAACUCGCAGUCACACCCGCCGUUUCUAUCCCGCUGGCCACCGACGCCAAUGACAGCAUCUCUCAGGACACAAAGCAGGACAGCAGCGCACUUCAGGCAGACAGCCUAACAGAGAUCCUGGCUGGAACACCUGAAGAUAAGUUGGAUGCAGACUAUAUCAAACGUUACCUAGGCGACCUGACCCCUCUGCAGGAGAGCUGUCUAAUCAGACUUCGCAAAUGGCUGCAGGAGACGCACAAGGGAAAGAUCCCGAAGGACGAGCACAUACUGCGUUUCUUGCGCGCCAGGGACUUCAACAUGGACAAGGCGCGGGAGAUCCUUUGCCAGUCGCUGACCUGGAGGAAGCAGCACCAGGUGGACUACCUGCUGGAGACCUGGAGCUCACCACAGGUUCUCCAGGACUACUACACCGGAGGCUGGCACCACCAUGACAGAGAUGGCCGUCCUUUGUACAUCCUGAGGUUGGGCCAGAUGGACACCAAAGGACUGGUCCGUGCUCUUGGAGAGGAGUCUCUGCUGAGACACGUGCUUUCUAUUAAUGAGGAGGGUCUGAGACGCUGUGAGGAGAACACCAAGGUGUUUGGUCGACCCAUCAGCUGUUGGACGUGUCUGGUAGAUCUGGAGGGGCUGAACAUGCGUCACCUGUGGCGACCAGGCGUCAAAGCACUGCUGAGAAUCAUUGAGGUUGUGGAAGCCAACUACCCAGAGACGCUGGGACGGCUGCUUAUCUUGAGAGCUCCAAGAGUUUUCCCUGUCCUCUGGACACUGGUGAGUCCGUUCAUUGAUGAAAACACCCGCAAGAAGUUCCUCAUCUAUGCAGGCAAUGACUACCAGGGUCCUGGAGGCCUGGUGGACUACAUAGACAAGGAGAUCAUCCCUGACUUCCUGGGAGGAGAGUGUAUGUGUGAGGUACCAGAAGGCGGCCUAGUUCCCAAGUCGAUGUACCGCACAGCCGAGGAACUCGAGAAUGAAGACGUCCGCCUGUGGACCGAGACCAUCUACCAAAGCGCCAGCGUCUUUAAGGGGGCUCCACACGAGGUUCUGAUUGAGAUCAUUGACGCCUCCUCAGUCAUCACCUGGGACUUUGACAUGUGCAAGGGCGACGUGGUGUUCAACAUCUACCACUCCAAGCGGGCCCCCCAGCCUCCACGGAAAGACGCCCUGGGAGCCCACGGCAUCACAUCCCCAGGAGGCAACAACGUCCAGCUCAUCGACAAGUCCUGGACGCUAGGGCAAGAUUACAGCAUGGUGGAGUCCCCGCUUACCUGCAAGGAAGGCGAGAGUGUGCAGGGCUCCCACAUUACGCGGUGGCCAGGUUUCUACAUACUACAGUGGAAGUUCCACAACAUGCCGGCCUGCUCGGCCACCAACCUGCCCCGAGUGGACGACGUGCUGGCCACCCUGCAGGUCUCCUCGCACAAGUGUAAAGUCAUGUACUACACCGAGGUGUUGGGCUCUGAGGACUUCAGAACGGCUUGCUGUGAUGUGCAGAGUUUGGGUUCGAUGACCAGCCUGGAGUCGAGCCACAGCGGAUUCUCUCAGCUCAGCGCUGCCACCACCUCCUCCAGCCAGUCACAGUCCAGCUCGAUGAUCUCCAGGUAGAAACCGGAAGCUGACUUAAAUCCCCACAGUCCCCCCACCCUCCACUGCCCUUACCUUCAACACUGAAGCCAACUCUCUUCCUUUCCUUCCUCGUCGUCUUUGGACUCUGUUCCUAUUGCACAGCCAGUCUCUAUGGAACUGAAGCAUGCUAGCACAAACAGAAGACAAAGAAUUAUAAAAAAUCUGAGGCAAAAAGAAAAAACAGAGACUGAGUGUACAAUUUAAAGGGCUGAUUUUUGCACAAAGGUCAUAUAUUUUUCAUGCCUGGCAUCUCUGCUAGGUGACAGUUUGAAUCAGAACAUUAGCAGAAUGUUUGUUUGUGUCGUGUCUCGUGCAGGGGGGAAAGGUUAAAGGUCGGGAGAUGAAUUGCGGUGUCUUCGUGGCACUGGAAGCAGAAAGAAGCAAUAUUCUCAUCCUGGAAGCUACAGGACCGGAUGAAGACACUGGAAGCGCUGUUACAUAUAUGCAUUUACAUCCCCACAUAUAUUCAGCACUGAGACGACGCAUACCUCAUUCUUGUGCGCUCGCUGAAAAACUGGAUGUGCUGUUACAUACAAACACCACCGCACACACACACACACGGACGUUUGACGACAUGCAAAAAUUGACAGUGUUUACCAUAUUACCAGAGGGGUUUGUUCAAUCUGGUGAAUUGUUUAUAGGUCAAGUGUGUGUGUGCGGGUCACACUCUUAACUAGGCCUGAGUCGAAUAUCACCUGCAAAUAAUUUGGUUUUCAAACCGCAUGGAGCUGCGGAGUGGGCGGAGCUUACGGAAUCAUGACGACGCAGAUGGUGACAGAAUAGUUGCCGGUCGACGGGGAAAAUAACAUUCAGAUGCGUUCCCGUGGCUGUGCGACCUUUUCUGUCAUUCAUGUCGUUGUCUUAUGUGGCGAACCCCACCCGCCUGUCUCACGAGGGCUUUAUCACACCUUGAAGAGCAUUUGAAUAUUCGACCCAGGUCCGAGUCUUAGCGAAGUAAUCCGCUAGAAGCAAUAACACGAGUUGACUUUUUACUGUGCGAAAUAUUUCUAUUUAUCAUUAAGAUGUAUGAGGAGGAUCAUGGGUGCUGAUUGCGGAUGACCUUUUCGUCAUAAGUCGUGUGCAGGCAGACAGACGGCCAAACUGAGCCAGUUAAACAGCUAAAUUCUGUGGCACCAACAUUAUCACUUCCUGUCUCGGUUACCAAUUUCUGCCAGGAGAAAAACACAAAUAACUUGCCAGAUUUUCUCCUGGACUUGUUUUAUUUUCUUUGGAACGACUGCAGUUAGUUUGCUUUCCAGGCAGCGUCUGCACGACUAGGAAACUCAAAUCAAAAUCAAGUGGUAAAGGAGAUGCCUUGUCGCUGAUUUGUGAAUGUGCUACUGAUUGGCUAGCGCUCGCCAACCAAUGAGAUGCCUGAAUUUGGAGGCUUGUGAUGUAAUUGGGCAGAACUGCCAUCAUUCUCUGCUUCUUUUUCAGAGUGAUGUAGAUUUCCGUGUGCAUUAGGGAUGAAUGUUUGUUAUUUAAUACUUUGUGAUUAUUAUUUGACGGUGCACCAGUAGACAACAUAUUGAUACUGUACAUGUACUAGUGUUGGUUGGAGAUUGUUACUGUUGUUUUUUGGAGAGGAGUACUUGAUGGGGUGAAGCAGUGUGGUGUGUUACUGCAUGCUCAUGUGGUGAUUGGGUUUACAGAUCUAUUAUUUAAAAAUCAAGGUAUAGCCAUUUUAAGAGUCAUUGUGUCAAUAAAUACCAUUUUAGCCUUCGUAAGCAUCACUUAUAAACUUACCUGCUUUUUUCGAGGUCACGACUGUAAUAGAUGAGCGACUGUGAAUCAAAUAUAACAUUUCUAAAUGCAACACAUCCAUGCAACAGUUUUCUAAUACGGUUUAUUUGGUUAAUACUUACUGAUGACUUCCUAUAGAGGGCAAAAAUGGUCGCCUUUUCCAAGAGUGGUUGCGUGCAGUUGUAAAACAUAGUUACUGAGUGCAGCUGACAGCAAACAAGACUAUGAGACAGAGGCUUUCUGCGUAUAUGUGAAUCAGACUCUUGAAAAUACUGGCCCUGCAUCUUGUUUUUGAUACAUGAAACUGUUUUUAAAAUAUUAAUGAGAGGUCAAGGGUUAACUUGUGGUAACUGUACGUUAUUAACUGCAAUAAGUGAAAUGUUUUACUGAGAUAAAGGACCUCCUCAGAUUGUGGGCUAUUUAGUGCAUAUGAUGUGUAAAAGAACGAGUGUUAGAAACGCUGGGGAUAAAAGAUAUGCCUGUGAAAUGUGUGAAAAACACCCGCUCGGCCCCCGGCGGCAGGCUUGUUUCUCUACUGGGCCUCUUCUCACUUUCUGAAGCAUGUCUAGAACCACAUGCCUAACUUUCCUUCACCUGGUUAUUCCUACAUUUCUGCAGUGGUUCAGCUGAUGAAACAGGUAACGUUGGUUCCAGACCUAACUACUCUUAUACUUCCUUUUGUCUCUCUUUCUCUCUAUGUACUCUUUGUCACUUGUACACUCCAGUUUUGCUGUUUUGCUUUCAAACACUUUUCCUUGUGUAUAUAUUAGAAAGCAGAGUGGACCUUGGUUGAAGCCAUAGGCAUAAAGAAGGGUACUCGGAUCAGAUGUUUUUGUUUCAUUUCCGCUUAAAUUCACUGUUACAAAUACCAGAACACUUCCAUGGUCCGCUGUUUCCUGCCUCUCUGACUUUAGCUCUUACUAUGUGUAAACUUCUCAUCAAGAUCUCAUUGACAAAUGAGGGCUAUAACUGUUUGUCUCGUCUGUUCAAGGCAUUUGUCUGUCUCUGCUUCCUUUUCUGACAUCGUUGCAUAUCUUCUCUUUACCUUGAUGUGAGGAAUUAUGUAAAAAUGUUUGAAUUAAUGAGAUUAUGGCGCCUUUACAUUUUUUUGAAAACAUUAAACUUGAAUUAUGAGAAAAUCA